GGGACAAGGAGCCCCUGACCCGACCCGGCGAGGUGGUGGCGGAGUUACCCAAACGGAUUAUCAACCCGGAGGUCCACAAGCCCAAAAUCACAGCCUGGGACGCCGGAUGGAACGUUACUACAGUCAUCCAGGGAAUGUUCGUGCUGAGCCUGCCGUACUCCGUGGUACACGGUGGGUACUGGUCCAUACUUGCCAUCAUCUUUGUAGCGUACGUGUGUGCGUACACGAGCAAGGUGCUGGUCCAGUGUUUGUACGAGGAGAAUGAGAAGGGGGAACGGAUCCGAGUCAGGGACAGCUAUGUUGAAAUUGCACAAGCGGUCUGGGGGGAGAAAACAGGCAGCCGUAUCAUUAACGUAGCGCAAUUCAUAGAACUGACCAUGAUCUGUAUAUUGUACAUCGUUGUGUCGGGAAACUUGCUAGUGAACAGUUUCCCGCACUGGCCCAUCCCCGAGCAAGGCUGGUCCAUCAUUUCCACAGCCUUUCUGGUGCCCUGCGCUUUCCUGCGCCAUCUAAAGGGCGUGUCCCGCAUCAGUUUCUACUGCACAAUAGUCCACCUGCUCAUCAACGCCUGCAUCAUCGGGUACUGCUUCUCCCGCGCGCCCCAGUGGGCAUGGGAUCACGUCACCUUCUACAUCAACGUCAAGAUGUUCCCGGUGUCGCUGGGGGUCAUCGUCUUCUCCUACACGUCUCAGAUCUUCCUCCCGUCUCUGGAAGGCAACAUGGAGAACCGCGGCAACUUUACCACCAUGGUGAACUGGACGCACAUCACGGCAGGCAUCUUCAAGUCCAUCUUCGCCUACAUCUGUUUCCUGACGUGGGCCGAGACCACACAGGAGGUCAUCACCGACAACCUACCCAACAUGGCGUUCCGCGCGCUGGUCAACGUGCUGCUGACCGCCAAGGCUCUGCUGUCCUACCCGCUGCCAUACUACCAGGCCGUGGAGCUCAUCGAGAGAGACUUCUUCCAGGGCCACGACUUGACGCGCUUUCCGUCCUGCUACGCGACUGACGGGAUGCUGAAGGUGUGGGCUCUGGCCGUGCGCUGUCUCCUGGUGGUCGGUACGCUGCUGAUGGCCGUCUACAUCCCCCACUUCGCGCUCCUCAUGGGAUUCAUCGGGAGCUUCACAGGCACCCUGCUCUCCUUCGUCUGCCCCUGCUGGUUCCACAUGAAGCUGAAGUGGGAUCAGAUCUCCUGGAAGAUCCGGAUCUGGGACUGCAUCGUGAUCGCGCUCGGCACGACGUGCGGGCUGAUCGGCAUCUACUACUCGUUAGAAGGGUUGAUAGAAAAAUUUAGACAUGACCUAGGAUACGAUUUAAACGACUGACCAUCUCGUACAGUAGAGAAAAAGAUAUAAAUUUACCCUUUAAAUAUUAGAAAGAUGAGAAUAUCACUUGGGUCAGUGGUAAUAGGAGCACCUGUAGAAUUUUUGACCAGGGCAAAAAGCUCCCAAAGCCAAGAGUUCUCGGCAAAUCCACUAAGUCACCAUAGUCUACAUCGGUCCGUGUAGGGAUCCUAUCCUGACCUUUACUGUUUUGAUGUGUUUCUGUGGUAAUGGAGAUAGAUAGAUAUGAAUAAUUGCAAUAAGGCAAUCCGCUAGUUCAGCUGGUGUAUGUUGUAAUGUAGAUAUAAAACUAUUUCUUCUGUGUGAGAUGACCACUUUAUGCAAUGUUAGUGAAUCAAAAAGUAAACAAGGUCAAUCAACCGAAGUAAGCCAAAUGGACGUGGAAUGUCGGACAUGACAGAGUUUGAAAAAAUGUGAGUAUGUAAAACGCUAAUUGAAAAGAGUGUCCAAACCCGUCACGACUGAAAUAGUUCAGCUGUGGAAGUGACGUCACAACAUAGUCUGUGCCAUCUCCCCUCUGUCCAACAUCCGGGAACUAUCUGAACGAUCCCAAGGUGCCCUCGGUGCGGCUCUGCAUCCAGGGAAUUCCUCUAAACUCUGCCAAACUCUGAACUUAUUUAGAAUUAUGUGACAUUUAAUUAAAAUUCCCUUGCACUAGAGCAUUCGUAACUUAUUUGAUUGCACACCAGUGAAUAAAUGACAUUAUCUGUCCAAAGAAAUUUCCAUUGGCUGUUUCAUCUUAAGCCCGAAUUGUACGCAAUCUUUCAAGAAGAUAUUAAGCCAGUCCUGCCCUGAUAUCCAGUUUCUUUUGUGAGAUGCAAUGUAUUUGGAUUGACAGAGAAAAAUACUGGAUGACCUAUUGACGUAAUGUCUGGUGCUAAAACUCAUAGUUACAUGCUCAAGUUGCUUUCAAUGAUUUGAAACCGCAAAACACGCAUUAGAAAUUGAAUGCUAAUAGCUACAAGUGAGUGAUAUAUCUAUGUGCAUCGUACUGGACCUGACGUCAUCCUUGCCAAGAACCUAAUGUGGACAAAAGACAUGCCUCAGACUCAGUCGUGUUUUCUUCAGUCAGUGGAUGUAUUGUGAACAGGACAAGCACCAAAAUGUUGUACGCGAGAACAAAGCAGAAGCUGCAACGUAGAGGAAAGUAGAAAACAGGCAUGUUUCUUUCAACAUGGGGAAACAACGCCUCUCUUCAUGGAUUAAACUGUCUUGUUUUACCAAA